CGGCUCGCUCGACCUCGAACGCCAAAGCUCGAAACCAGCAGCCAGCUCCAACAGAGUCGCCUUUCGGCCAUCCUCCAUCCCCGUUCUCUCUUUCCUAUCAUCAGCAACUUUCCUUUCGCUGCUCCAUACAAUAUCCUCCACACACAGUACACCGACUCGUGCUGGGCUUGACACUUUGUUGUGUCCACCGCGUCAACUUCUUCCCCAUUCGCGGAUCAGCAGAAGAAGCUUCAUCCACGACUCACACACCCUUCCACUGCCCCCUCCCGAAACGAAACAGAAACGCACCAACUAAGCAAUCAACCCGCCGGGAAGCACAGCGGAAAUCCGCUGCGAGGCGAGACGAGACAACAAGACGAGACGAGACGAUCAGGAGCAAGAAAAGAACAAAGAGCAGACAGCAGCACCCAAGUCGGUUGUCGCUGAAGGACCAAAAGGUUUGAGGAUAGGUCUCUACUCUACCGUACUGCUUUUCUGUCCCAGACACGGAGCCAAAUUCCCAUCAGCCACUUACAUCGUCAUUCCUCACAAUACCCAUCCAUCCACCCACCUACCCGCUACUAUCAUAUCACCUUCAUCGCACGCCUCAGAACAACCUCCUACCUCCUCUUCAAGGACUGGCAGAUCUUCAAGACCUGUCUCCUUGGAUUCACCAUCCUCUCUGCUCCCUUCCUACACGACCACCACACAAUCCAAUCUUCUAUUCUCAGCAGUUCCCGUCAAAUCAAAACACGCGCUCUUCCUCUACCCGAUUCACCAGCACCAGCACGUUUUCUUUCGCAGAACCCCUGGUGUACAUAACGAACAAUCAAUCCAAUCCAUACCAAAAAUAUUGUUCUCGACCUCCUUCCCGACCACUUUCCCUCUUAAGUGAAGAGAUUAACCCAUAGCUACGACUCAAGAUGUCUGCCUCACCUACGGCAGCUCCUACUCAAUCGACCAAGCGUCCUCUCGAAGACCCUUCCUCUCCAUCCGCCCCCAACGACCAGCCUGAAGCAAAGCGUCCUGCGCUCGACAAAAUCGUCAAGGGUGACGAUGAGGAGGAACACAAGGCUGUAGCCGAUAUUCCGGAGCCACCGGUUGUCAGCUCGAAUGGAGAGACAAAGACUGAGUCAACAAACGGUACGAAAGUCGAGGCAAAGGACAGCCAAGGAGAUACCGUCAUUCCAGAUGCCACAGCACACUCAAUUGAGAGUACCGCUACCACCUCCCGAGAACUGCCCGCAGGCGGAUCGCAUCUUCAACAUGAUGAGAGCGGAUGGAUUCAUAUCAGAGCUGUUAUCACUAGCGCCGAGGCAGCUACGGUAAUUGGCAAGGGCGGAGAGAAUGUCUCGCUGAUCAGAAAGAUGUCUGGUGCCAAGUGUACCGUCAGUGAUUAUCAAAAGGGUGCAGUCGAGCGAAUCCUUACAGUCAGUGGUGUAGUUGAUGCAGCUGCAAAGGCAUUCGGUCUCAUUAUCCGUACACUUAACAACGAGCCUCUCGAAGAUCCCUCUGGCACACAAUCCAAGACCUACCCUCUUCGUCUCCUCAUUCCACAUAUCUUGAUCGGUUCCAUCAUCGGUAAGGGUGGGGUCAGAAUCCGCGAGAUCCAAGAAGCGUCAGGUGCCCGUCUGAAUGCUUCCGAUUCAUGCCUCCCACUCUCAACCGAGCGUUCUCUGGUCGUCCUGGGCGUCGCAGAUGCUGUCCAUAUUGCAACUUACUAUGUCGGUAGCACCCUCUUUGAGCAGCUCUCCGAGCGCUUCGGUGGCCCUGCAGCUUCUGCGUACGCUUCUCGAAGUGGAGGUCCAGCCGGUGUUGUUCCCGGUGGCAUGCAAGUUGUGCCAUAUGUUCCUCAGCCUGCGGGAGGAAACUAUGGACAUCCUGAUCACCGGCGUCACGACCGUGGUACUCAUCCUACUCCAAGCCAUGGAUACAGCCAGCCAUACGCUGCUCAUGGUCAUACCCCACAAUCCCAGCCAGCUGUGCCAAUGCAUUAUGGCGGAUCACCUGCAGUUGGAGGAUAUGGAGGAGUCGGACCCCAACAACCACAGCAACCACACCAUGGUGGCUUCGCUCAACCUCAACCUGGCCCUGGAGGUCCAGCCGCGCCUGUUGUUCCUGGCCAGCCACUGACCCAGCAGAUCUUCAUUCCAAAUGAUAUGGUCGGAGCUAUCAUUGGCAAAGGAGGUGCGAAGAUCAAUGAAAUCAGACAGCUUAGCGGCAGUGUUAUCAAAAUCAACGAGCCCCAGGAUAACAGUAAUGAGCGCUUGGUCACAAUCACAGGAACAGCCGAGUGCAAUCAAAUGGCUCUCUACAUGCUCUAUUCGCGACUUGGUACGUGUCUUCCUGAAUUGUUGCAAAGAGAGCCCGAAAUCUAACCAAAUACCACAGAGAGCGAAAAGCACCGCAUCUAAACGGAAUUCUAUUAUUGAUGACGAUGACAAUCUUACGGGUUUCCUUCUUGGUGGUGGUAAUACUGGCGCAGUUAUGGUACGGUACGGUACGGUAUCCAUUACGGUGGGGUUUGUGAUUCCCAAAAGUUGGAGGAAAUGGGAACCUCGAUCGGGCAUAUUCUUCAAUCACAUCUUGUUAUUGAGCUAGCUCGUGGGGCCUUUACCUCUUUUUGCUGUCUAUCUCUCUACAUACUUGCUGCUAGUUCAGGGGAAAUGAAAUAAAACUCAACUGAAUGAACCUGGUGGCCUGGACUCUUGAAGGAGAGAAUGAGACGAGACGGAAGCUCGCACAUGAGUCUGUUAGCGUGGAAUCGGUUAGCAUUUCAUCCCUGCUUUGGUCGUCAGACAUAUUUUGGUAUGCCUUUGGGGGGGACUGCCAUGCUGCCGUUCGUCUUGGACUCUUGGGUGAUUUAAGUGUUGGGUAUCCUCAUGUAUAGCUUGUUAGUGACCCAUUUUAUGUUCAGAUCGAAUUGAUUGCCAGCAGAUUAUGCUAUCGGCCGUGUUGAGGAUGUAGAAAGCUGUAGCAAUGUAUCCGUGGUCUGCCAAGAAUCCACCAGAAGGCAGGCUGUAUCCUGACCUCUUCAUGGCAGCAGCAUGCU